AUGGCCUUCUCAGUGGUAGCCCUCCUUGGACUUGUCAGUCUGGGCUCAUGCGCGACGCUCGUCGAACAAGUGUCGGAGGUUCCGAGUGGAUGGACACAGCUUCGCGACGAGGUCAGCCCCGACCAGUCUCUGUGGCUCUCGUUUGCCCUGCGUGAACCCAAUAUCGCAGAGCUGCGAACACGCCUUGUCUCAGGGCAAAACAAGCACCUGUCGGACGAGGAGGCCCGCCUGAUUCGCCAGCCCGACCAGCAAGACGUCGACGCCGUCCAGAACUGGCUCGCUGAGAAUGGCAUCAAGGACGCCAGGCAGGAGAAUGACUGGAUCCACGUGCGCACCACGGUCGCGGCCGCCGAGCCGCUGCUGGCGAUGAAGCUGCAUCGCUACGAGUUCGAGAACGGGCUGCAGGCCCUCCGCACGACCGAGUACGCGGUCCCGGACGCGCUCAGGGACGCCAUCAGCUUCGUCCACCCCAUCGCCAACUUCAUGGAGCCCCGGAACGAACUGACGCGACCCUCCCCGGCGCAGCCUGAGGACGAUAUAUCGAAGCGCCAGGGCACUGUCAGUCCCUGCCGCGGUAAAGUGACGCCCGGCUGCAUCCGCGAGCUCUACAAGCUUCCCCCCGCCGGCCCCAGCGAGAACUCGACCAUCCGCCUGGGCAUCGCCGGCUUCCUUGAGGAGUACGCCAACUACGCCGACGCGGCCCAGUUCCUGGACAGGCUCGCCCCGGACGUUGCGAGCACUGGGUACAACUUCUCCGUUGAGCUCAUCAACGGCGGCGAGAACCCGCAGGACCCGUCAAAGUCCGGGCUCGAGGCCGCGCUGGACAUACAGUACGCGCUGGCGCUGGCGCACCCGGCCCAGCUCACGUAUUAUUAUACCGGCGGGAGGGGCGUCAAGCUAGGUGAUAAUGGUGAGCCGCUCGCUGGGGAGCUGGUGGAUAACGAGCCGUACCUUGAGUUCUUGGAGUACCUUCUCGCGAAGCCGACGGACGACAUGCCGCAUGUGCUGUCGUUCUCGUACGGCGACGACGAGCUUUCCGUGCCGAGGGCGUACGCCGAGCGGAUCUGCAACAUGAUGGGGAUACUCACGGCGAGGGGCACGACCAUCCUCAGCUCGUCGGGGGAUGGCGGCGCAAGAGGGUCGCGCAGGUCCAACUGCGUAACUCCCGAUGGGAAGAAGGUCACCAUGGCCGUGUUCCCGGCCACGUGUCCCUGGGUGACGUCCAUCGGGGGCGUGUCCAACAUGUACGAGCCACCCGAGGGGGCGGAUUUCAGCGGCGGCGGGUUCUCGCAGUUCUUCCCCAUGGAGGAGUGGCAGAGGGAUGCGGUGGCCGGGUACGUUGAGAGGCUGGAUGGGCACCUGGCAGGGUAUUAUAACAGUUCCAUGCGCGCGGUACCCGACAUCUCGGCUGUUGCGUCGCGGUUUGAGAUUGUCGUUGGUGGGAGGGUGACGUACGUGGACGGGACGAGCGCGAGUGCGCCGUUGCUGGCGUCGUUGAUUGCCGUGGCGGACCAUGAGCGGGCGAAGAGAGGGAAGGAACCCUUGGGAUGGAUUAACCAGCAUCUGUAUGGGAGGCAGGCUAAGGGGGUGUUCCAGGAUACGAUCGCGGGGGAGAGCACGUCGUGUCCGUUUGAUGAGGAUGGAGGGCCGGGAGGGUGGCUGGCUGCUGAGGGGUGGGAUGCUGUGACUGGAGUUUUUGAAGUUUCUGGUGGCUAUUUAAGUAAUAGACGGGAGGAAGGCAUUGCUUCUGCGGCCCUGGCAUCGCGCGCACCAUCUGCUGCCUGUUGCUUCUAUUCCGCUACCGCCAUGCCUACCCAACACGUCGACCCGAGCUCCGACGAGCUGCUCCAGGCCGUGGCAAAUACCCUGCUCAAGGCGCGCAAAGUGGUCGUGGUAACUGGUGCUGGCAUCAGUACCAAUUCAGGCAUUCCGGAUUUUCGAUCUGAGAAUGGUCUCUACUCUCUGAUUCAGGCUCAUUUCGAGCUAGCACGCAAUAACGCAUCCCCAGACACUACUUCACAAGGAGACAGCGAUACGAAUGAAGGCGACAACGAACGCGAUUUUCAAGAGGGACCUGCUCCCAAGCGGAGAAGGCUUUCCUGCGGCCCCAUCAUUUUCAACAGACAGGAGCGAGUAGACCAGAAAGAAACCGAGGACGCCGUGGCCCCGGAAGAACCUGCCGAGACCCAAGUUCAAGACGAUGCCAAACCUCCGAGCGAUGACGACCUCAACCUCCCCUCCUCCCCCACCCGAACGACAGGAAACGCGAUUGAAAUAUCUACGCCCAAAGUUAUGCGCACGCCCGAUCGUGCAGACAUGCCGACGACCUCGCCGCUCUCUUCGCCACCCCUUGAGGAAAUUGUCCUCCCCACCUCGCCCGAACCUAUCAUCCAAACUCGUUCCCUUCGGUCGCGUCGUAAUCUUUUGGACAUUGCCAUCCCCGCCAGCUCAUCGCCCCUCUCCUCACCGCCACCUAUAUUAUUUGAACCACACCCUCCCUCUCCCUCAAUCACCAGCUCGAGCCGAAGGAGCAGUACGUCACAAUGCGAAAUGGACUUGACCUCCCACUCGCUCAGCGCGUCUCAAUCUUCUUCUGGCCGCAACAGCUUACCUAACAUGAAGGGGAAAGAUCUCUUUGACGCCUCGAUAUGGUCGGACCCCCUAAGAACAUCCGUCUUUUAUACCUUCGCGACAUCCCUCAGACAGAAGGUCAAGGAUUGCGAACCCACCAGCUCACAUCGGUUCAUUAGCCACCUGAGAGACCGGAAAAAGCUUGUACGAUGCUACACCCAGAACAUCGACCGAAUUGAAGAGAAGGUUGGACUUUCUACCAGUCUUGAGGAGGGCCCGGGAAGCCGUGGUCGAUUCUCUAGACGCUCAACGGCCAAUGGUGCCCAGCUGAGCAAAAUGGUGGAAGAUGCUGCUGCUGAACCCCCGACCCCCGUUGGCGAGAGCCAUCCUCCGCUCUCGACCCAGCAUCCGACAGACGAGAUCGAAAUACCCAAGACUCCCAUCACAGAGUCGGAGGCAUCUGUUGGCGACCAACCCAAGGCUCCUCCCAAAUUGGAAACAAUCCGGUCGUCUGGAGUGGAAUGCGUCUUUCUUCACGGGUCUUUAGAAAGCCUGAGAUGCUUCCUUUGCGGGCGCGUCACUUGUUGGGAUGGUAUCCGAGAGUCGGAAACCAUGUCCGGACAGCAGCCCGAGUGCCCUCACUGUGUUGGAGCGACGGCUGCCAGGGAAGAGCGAGGGAAGAGGGCGCUGGGUGUCGGCAAACUCAGACCUGACAUCGUCCUUUAUGGUGAGGAGCACCCCAACGCGCAUCUAAUAAGCCCGAUUGUCACGCAUGACCUGGCCUUGUGUCCGGAUAUGCUCCUGAUUUUGGGUACAAGUUUGCGCGUACACGGCCUGAAAAUACUGGUUCGUGAAUUUGCAAAGUCCAUUCACAGCCGGGGCGGCACGGUCGUGUUUGUCAACUUCACCAAGCCACCAGAGAGUUCAUGGGGAGAUAUCAUCGACUACUGGGUGCAAUGGGAUUGUGAUGCAUGGGUCUCCGACCUCCAGAAUCGUGUCCCAAAGCUCUGGGAGGAGCCCAAGGAGAAGCAGCCGGCGAAAAACCCCAUGGCACUGCGCGAUACCAAGGUGACUGGCGCAUAUUGGACACAGAAGAUCAUCGGCGAGCUCCGACGAAUAACAGAGCUCAACGACCCUUCCACGCUACCGUCCUCAUCUCUAAUAUCUGAUUCAGUGGUGGCCGAAAUGUCGAUCACCGUUGAAUCGAACCUGCACCAGCAACAAGAGACCGAAGAGGCAAUCGCUGUCCAAGCAUCUAGCGCCGCAACGCCAUCACCACCACCCUCGGAGCCAGCCCCCCCUGUGCAACCUCCACCUCCACAGCCCGAGUCACUACCUAAGGCAUCGGUGAAGCCUAGUGCUGCUCAGAAUGCUCUAAGGUUAAGGCCGAGGCGGACACGGAAAUCCGCACCGGCCGCGAUGGAACGUGCAGAGAAGAGGAAGCCACCCUCAACACUGAAUCCGAACCAUGGCAGAGCCCUCAAACAAGAGCCAGAGCCGGAACAAGUGCCAGAACAAGUGCCGGAGCAAGUUCUGGAUCAAGUGCUGGAACAGGUGCUGGAACCAGAGCCGGAGAAAAUGGUGAUGGAGUCUAAUCAACCCACCGUCGUGAUGCAGCCGCUCAAGAUAGAGGCACCGCCGCCUGCCAGCAGCUCAAUCUUGAACUCCGUCAAGGCAAACCCUCGCCUCCGUAAGCGCAAGAAGAUCUAUGGCGAGGAAGAGGUCCUAUCGUCGCCUCCUCAGCACGUAGGCGGCGGAAGCGAAGACAGCAGUAGGAGGAGCAGCACCGGCAGCAGGCCUGCCCCCAAGUCCGAACCAGCGCUCACACUGCCGCCGCUGAGAGUGAUAGGCGCCGCCUCACCUGAACAGCUCGACCGGCGACCUCGGCCACUGGAACCCCAGAGCCCACCCCAAGGCCCUCAGCCCACCCUCCACGCGAACGUUAGACAACUGCGAUCACAAUCACUGGCCAUCCAGGAAGCGAUGAUUAAGAACCAGACACAGAUUAAACCUGCCCGAGGCCAGUGGAACGAUCAGCAGCAAAAUUGGAUGGGUGGACACGAAAGCGUGAGCGGUCAGUGGGAGGCGCAGCAACGACAGGAGCAGUUUAGACUGUCACGACAACAGCGAGAGGAGUUGGCAAGACGAGAACGAGAGCAUAAUGAGAAGGAGAAGGACGUAGCCCUGGCGCUGGUAGGCCUUAAGGUAUCAGCACUGAGGCAGUGGGGGGAUUCGUGGCAUGUGUCGCCAAACCGGUGUCGCUGA